CGUAGACGGAGCCUUGCUGCGAUCCAACCCCCUACUGGUGAUGGAGGGAAUCCAGCGGUUCCUCGGUGUUACUCCUGUCUUCAACUACACACAGGCUCUAAUGUAUGACGACAGCAAAGGGUUCUGGUGUCAGCGAGUGGAAGGAGGUCGAGCCAAAUGUCUGGGCAAGAGUAAAGGCAGGAAGUAUCCAGAGAUGAGCCCUGAGUCCCGUGCCUUCCUAGCAGAGUACUACCGUGACCACAACAUCGAGCUGCUGCGUUUGCUGAACCGUUUGGGUCAACCACUACCGUCCUGGCUUCGUCAAGAACUCCAGAGCACCAGCCGAAGUUGAUCCGGUCAGAUCUGAGGCGAAGACGAUGUUUGGCUGUGGAUUAGAUCGUUCUUCCUGAUCCGCAGUCGACAAAUACCACUUACUCUGAGGGCUACGCUCGAGCUCAUGGUACCAGUGCUCCUGUUCACUGGAAACAAGAAGACUGGACAACAUGAACUCGUCAGGGUUUAGGGUUCCUAUCAGAUUCACGAGGACUCCCUCUUAAUGCGUUGCUAACUUCCUGUAAACCCCAGCACACGUCGGCCUGUGUGCCGGACUGGGCCGACACCACACACCAACCAGGAACUACCCAGUGGGUCAUGAGCUUUAAAAACAGAGGAGUCAGCCAUGAUGCGAGACUGUGGCGUGGACGAGGCACGUGUAGAGCCUCAUCCACGUGGUCGCUCCUACAAAAUGAUUGUAAAGGACGAGGUUCAGGUGAGAACAUCAGCAGCCAGCAGCUUUAAGCAGACUGUCCACGCAGAGCCCUGAUCCUGGUCCACCUUUCUCUCUGAAGAGGCAACUUGUCCGGAAGCGACUGAUCAGCACUGAGCCUGGGGGGGAACACGGCCCCACUUCA